AUGGACCACUCUCAUCGUGUCAUGUCGGGCGAUGGGGAGAUGCAGUGGUCGGAUCGCCAUAGUAUGGACUCCGAGGACGUCCAGUCCGUCACUUCACCCUCGCCCUGGCUGCGGUCAUUCUCAACAAGUUCCACCUCGGUCUCGGCGACGUCGUCAACCAUGGGGUUUACCCACACAGGCCAGCUCUCGCCCAUCAGCAACGGCGUGGACAUGCCUUGCCGAGCGCCAGACAGCUCGGCCGACGAUCUGUCCUCUCCUUCCCAGUCACCUUCGGUUUCGCCUUUGGUGCCUUCAGCAUCAUCUUCAUCCUUAUCCAGCGCCUGGGUCUUGGACUAUACUGGCCCUGAAGCGAAUGGCGAGCUGUCCGCAACCGCCAACAGCCGUAGUGGCCGUCGCGAUGCUUCUUGGGGGGAGGGCUCAGACGAAAUGUUAAUCGCGCCCAAGCCAGAGCCAAUGGAUGACGACGAUUUCUGCAUGGAUGAUCUCAAGGAGGCUCCUUUGACCCCUGUUGCGACAGCGUCAACCAUUUCGCUGGGUUCAGACCAACCAAAACCAAAGAGACCGCGAGGCCGGCCACGGAAGCAUCCCCUUACGCCCAUCGUCACAACAAACAAAAUCACAAAGGGCCGGUCCAAGACGGGCUGCCUAACGUGUCGAAAGAGGAAGAAGAAAUGUGACGAGGCGAAGCCACGAUGCAUGAACUGCGAAAAGAACGCAGUGGUAUGCGAAGGCUAUCCGGAGAAGCAGAUCUGGAAGAGCGGCAAGGAAAGGGCCGAAGAGGGUAUGGAACCAAAGCGCCUCAAGGCCCGCAGUUUCCCAUCCAUCACUAUGCAACCCCUUUUCCACGGGCUGGAGACUGUUGAGGACAUGAUUUUCUGGAAGCAUUACAAUGAACACCUCAGCACCGUUCUCACUGUGGAGGGAGAGCAUAAAAAUGCCUUCAAGGAUAUGAUGGUGCCUGUUGCUGUGCAGCACCGGGGCCUCAUGCAUUCGAUCCUCUCCCUGGCCAGCAAGCACAUUGACUUUGAGACUCCGUAUGGCAUCAAUGUCCUGCGGAACAACCCUUCCACAACUCUAGAGGCAUUGAGCGAGCGAUCCAUUUAUCACCACGAGCAGGCCAGGCUCAAGUUCUACGACGAUGUCGAAUUCACCAACGGCAAGCCAAACACCGACGACAAGGUUCUGGUCUCGGCACGGUACGGCCAGAUGCUCUGCUUCCUCCUCGAAGCUCUAGCCGAAGGCGGUUCCCGGGGCGAGCAUCGGUGUCAUCUUGAGGCAUACCGCAACCUCAUUUCCACCUCGCCGCCCGAGGACCCCGCCUUUCUUGCCUUCAUCGCCGAAUUCUUUCAGUACCACAUCUACGCCGACGAGCUAAUCCAUUCCGCCGUCGGCCGCCCUUCCCGUAUACCGCCAAACCCUCUUCCACCGGUCACGGGAAUCCAUCCCCCAAGGCUGCUUGGGGUCGCCGACGGCUUGCUGGAUUAUCUGUCACAAAUCACCGCAAUGCGGAACACGGUUCGAAGCAAGAUGAUAGCCCAGGCGGACCCUGCAGUCACUUAUUGCGAGGUAUACCCAGCAAGCCAGAUCGACCAAGCGAUUCGGGAAUGGACCGGAAACUGGCCCCCGGGGGACAGUCGUGACCGGGUUGGGCUACUCUAUCAGCACAUGAUUGGCAUCUACCUCCACAGGACCAUCUACCCGCCCUCGCCAUCUCCACCAUCCUCCAUGUCGUCUUCUGCAGCGUCCUUUGCCGCUGGGCCUCGGCCAAUAUCGUCGGUAACUACCCCUCCGCAGUCUGCCUCAACCAGCUCUGCCUCCUCGCCGAGGCUCACCGGUUCUCACCAGGGUCCCGGCCUCGGCGUCAGCCGAAUCAACCUGCUUCUUGACACAUUGUCCCGCAAGGAAGGGACCGGUGCCGAUGUCAACGACAGCCGAGCUGAUUCCCCGCCACCCAUUCGACAGCCCUCGCAAAACGAAGCACGUCUCACCCUCAUGGUCGACGAGUCUCUGGCGAUCCUGGAUUCUUUCAAGCCCAGCGACCCAAGCCAGACUCUGCUUCUCCUCCCGUGCUUUCUAAUCGGGACCGUGUGCUUCAGUCCGUCCCAGCGCGAGCGUGUGCGCGCCGCCAUAAGGACAGUCAGGGGCUACACCGGCCUGCGCAACGCCGACCGCGUCGUCGACGUGCUCGAGGACGUUUGGCGGCUGAUGGAUGCAGGCGACUGGGUGGCGGUUUGGGACUGGCCCGGGGUUGCUCACCGUCUGGGGUUGGAUUUUAUCCCCGCAUAG